CAGCUGAGGAAGACCGCGUUCAGUCCCCACGGGUGGGUUGAGUUACAUCCGAGUCAGCAGUGGGAGGAAGACCACCGAGGGGCCAGCUUUCACAUUUGGAGUCGAAGGAAUGCUGGAGGCCCAGUUGUCACUUCAUUCACGCCACGCGCACGGACGCAGGUUCGCGGCCAAACGGCCAGAGACGCCCACCGUCACUGCUUCCUGUACGCGACCAGCAGCUCUGGGCUUCCGCAGCCAAUUUGGGUCCGAGCUGGAGUUGUGAAACAGAGGCUCGCCUGGAGAAACGGAUCCUGGUCAUGACUCGCUGUCUCUGUUCGCAACAAAGAUGCUCCUCAACACGGUGCUGGUGGUGCUGACAGACCUGGCUGCCAGCUUGCUCGGUAAUAAGCUGUUCAGGCAGCAUUUCCACCUGCUGCUCUCGGCUGUCCUGGUGUUCGGCCCCGCGCUGAGCCUCUGGGUUUCCCAUCACAGCAUCUUUGCCAAGAGAAGUUACUUCCUCUACAGGUUGUUCCUGCGCUCUGGUUGGGGCUGGACGUCCGUUUUCGUCGGGCCCUUCAUCUUCCUCUUCUCCUACUCCAUCCGCGGCUCCGUCCUGCACUCGCUCCGUCACCUCAGCAGGCUCGCCGUGGCUGGAGGGCUCUGGCUUUGUUUCUGUAAACUGCUGGACCUCCUGGAGAACACCACAGGAAGCUGCUAUGAACCGCUGCCCGCUGGUCCAGAGGUCACCGGUGGGCAGCCUCUGCUGGUGCUCAAAGAGGGGGAGAGCAAGUCCGAGUGCCUGAAAGCUGGGAUGGAGUGGCGAGGUUAUGAGGUUUCAGAGGACGUCUUCCUGCUGUGUUUGUGCUGCCUGCUGCUGGCAGAGGAAAUGUCAGUGUUUGGUCCAUAUCUGAGGCUUGGGGGCAUCUCGGACGCCCCACUGAGGAUCCUCUUUUUGCUCUGUGUUCUCCUUCUUGGACUGUGGAUCUUCCUGCUGCUCUGUCUCUUAGCCUACUUCCCCCACUUCCCCACUCAGCUGCUGGGAGGGGCGCUAGGCUGCCUCAGCUGGAGGGGACUGUAUCAGGGCUGGUACCGCAUGGGGCCCAGCUGGUAUUGCCCAGGAAGGCCUGGUGAGGGACUGCUCAACAUAAAGACCAGCAGCACCGUGGAGGAAGACUCACUAAACCACAAUCACUACAAUUAACUGAUAGUAGAUUCAGCGCUUUGAGCUUAAACAUUAAAAGUCUUUGAAUCUUCAACAAAA